AUGGCUCGAUUUUGCAAAUCCGAUAAAUUGUUAAUAAACCACAGGGAACUAAAAUACAUUUGCCUAUUUUACAUAAUUUUGCUAUUUUGUUUUUUUCUUUGGUGUAUAUUUAAGAAGUAUCAUGAGAAUAGAAUAAAUAGAAAACAUAAAAGGAAAGGUAGUGAUAGUAGUCAUAAAAAUGAGAAGACUGAAUUUUUUAAUUAUAUAUAUGAAUCUUAUAAUGAUAAUGAUGAUGUGAUAAUUAGACAAGAAGGAUAUAAAAAUAGUUUGUGUGGAUUUCUUCUUAAGAAUAUAUCUAUAGUAUUAUAUUUGUUAACACAUUUUAUUAUUAUAUUAUUAAUAGGAAAUGAAUAUUGUAUAAAAGAAAAUGGUGAAAUAUUAUGGAAUGAUAGGGCUUUUGUAUUUUUUAUAUUUUUAUUAUUAUGUUUUAUUAUAACAUAUGGUAUAUUAACCGUUCGAAAACAUAUGCACAGCUUUUUUAUAAAACCAUCCCUUUUAAAAGAUAGUGAUUAUGUUUUAGUUUACACAAAAAAUGAAGAUUACACAAAUUCAUAUAAAAAUAUAUUUAAAGAAAGCUAUGUAUAUAUUACAAAUGUUUUUAUAAAAUGGAAUAAAAAAAUAUAUAAAUAUUCUUGUAAAUAUAUCAAGUUAUUGCAUUAUUAUCAAAUGAAUGCAAAAUCCUUUUUUUUCUUUAUUUCUACAGAUAAAAAAAAAAAAAAAAACGAUUAUAUAAAAAAUUCAUAUCAUGAUGAUGACCUUGAUGAUGAUGAUAUUCAAAAUAAAGAUAACAACAAUUAUUAUUAUUCAAAUAUAUAUAAAAAAAAUUCAUAUUAUAAUAACUCGUUUCAUAAAAAAAGUAUAUCAAACCAAUAUUCUAAUAAGAGGCUAAGUCGUAACUCUCUGUAUACAAAAAAGGUAUUAAGGGACCAAGAAAAUAAUUUAGGAUAUUAUGACCAAGAUCAAAAUGAAAUAAAUAAAAUGAAUAGUAUAGAUCAUAUAUAUAAUAUAGAUAGUCUAAAUGUAAUAGAUCAAGGAAAUGAUAAAAAUUAUGAUAAUGAAGAAAAAGAAAUAAAUAAAAAAUAUCCCUUUAAUAGAAAUGACGAAUAUGGUGACGAAUAUGGUGACGAAUAUGGUGAUGAAUAUGGUAAUAAAUAUGGUAAUAAAUAUGGUAAUAAAUAUGAUGAUAAAUAUGGUAAUAAAUAUGAUGAUAAAUAUGAUGACAAAUAUGAUGACAAAUAUGAUGACAAAUAUGAUGACAAAUAUGAUGACAAAUAUGAUGACAAAUAUGAUGACAAAUAUGAUGACAAAUAUGAUGAUAAUAUUGUAUGGGGAUCAAAACGAUUUUCUAAUAAAAAAAAGAAAAAAGGGAAAAAAAAACGAAAAAAUGAAAUGGUUACAAGCGCCCAAACUAAUAGAGAAUAUAUAGAAAAUAAUCUCAAAGUACAUAAAGUAAAAGUACGAAUUAACGAAAAAAAUGUUCGAUAUUUUUUUUUUAGAAGUAUGAAAUAUGUAUAUAAUGAAGAAAAAGAUGGUUUUUAUAAUAUAUCACAUAGUAUAGAAGAGAAAGUAAAAAAUCUUGAUUUUAAUUAUAUUUUAAAAAAAGGAGGUUUAAAUAAUAAUGAAAUUAUUAAUAAUAUUAAUGAAUAUGGAUAUAAUAAUAUCCAUUUAGAAUUUUAUUCUUUUUUUAAGAAUUUAAAAAGAGAAUUAUUAGAUGGAAUAUAUAUGUUUCAAUUAUUUAUUAGUUAUAAAAAUUUUUUCUGGAAAGAAAUUAUAACAUCUUUAAUUUGGAUGAUUAUAUCUAUAUUAAGUGUAAUUAAAAAGAUAUUUAAAAAUCAGAAAAAUAAAAAAGAAAUAUAUGAAAAUAUACAAGCAAAUAAUAAUACAUUUGUAACGGUUUAUAGAAAUUCAAUAGUACAACAAAUACCAUCAAAUAAUUUAACCAUAGGUGAUAUAAUAAUUAUAAAUUCAAAAAUGACCUUACCGUGUGAUUGUUUAUUAUUAACAGGAAAUGUAUUAGUAGAUGAAAGUUUAUUAACAGGUGAAUCUCGUCCUAUGAAAAAAAUAUGUUUAUCAUCUUCCAAAGCAAAUUCGUUUAAUUCUUAUCAUACCACAUCGAACGAAAGGAACACGCAAAAUAGCAAAAAUGAUAAAUAUGAUAGAUAUCAAGAGGGGGAAGAGGAGGAGGAGUACGAGGAGGACCAUUCAAGUAUACACAUAGAUAAGAAGAAGAAUAAGAAAAAGAAGAAUAAUAAAAAAAAAAAAAAGAGUCAAAUAAAUAAUGGUUCCAAAAAAUAUGUAGACACACAAAAAAUGGAUAAUAAUAAAAAUAAUAUAUAUAAUAAAAAUAAUAUAUAUAAUAAUGAUAAUAAUAUAUAUAAUAAUGAUAAUAAUAAUAAUAAUAAUAAUAACAAUAUUGAUACUUAUGAUGAAGGAUAUGAUCAUACACCAUUUCGUAAACAAAAUAAUGAUAAUAAAAAAUGUAGUGUAAAUAACUUCAAUACAAAUAAUAUCUUAUAUGCUGGUACAGAUGUUAUAUCUACUCUUAAUUUUACAGAAAACAUUUAUGCAAUAGUUAUAAAUGUAAGUAUAUAUACAUAUAAAGGUAAAUAUAUGCAAAAUGUAUUAUUUCCAAAUCCAUUACUUUUUAAAUAUGAUUCACAAUUACCCAUUGUAUUUAUAUUUACUAUAAUGUUUAGUUUUGUUUGUUUAUAUUUCCAAAUACGUUAUUUAGGUCUAAAUAUGACUUCUAUUUUUUAUACUAUCGGUACCCUUUCUCAAAUAUUACCGGUGUGGACACCUGUUGUCUUAAAUAUAGGUCUUAAUAUUUCAACUAAUAGAUUGAAAAAAGAAAAAGAUAUUUGUUGUAUUGCACCAUCCAGAAUUCCUAUAUGUGGAAAAAUCCGUGUCUUUUUUUUUGAUAAAACUGGGACCUUAACAGAUCAUAAAAUUGAAUUUUCAGGAGUUCACUUUUGUAAUAAUAUUCUAAAUGAAAAGAAAAAAAGUAUAUCCAAUUCUGUAAAUAAUAUCUAUCCUAAUAAAUUAUUAUCAGAUGAUGAUCUGAAACAAAUUAAGAAUCAAACGAGUUUAUUAAACGUAAGUAAAACUCUCAAAUCUAUAUUCACAAAGAAUGCAAAAAGUAAUGAAAAACAUAAACAACUAUCUAAAGAUAUGAAAAAGGAAGCACAAAAUAAAGAAUAUCAAAUAAAUUCUGUAGAACUCAAUAAUUUUAUGCAUGGAAAUCAUGUAGAUAUUCUUCCCAUUGAAAAUAAGGAAAACAAUGAAUAUAAUAAAAUACAUACUCUAGAUGAUGUAACACUUAACCAUGAUAAUGUGAUACAUCAUAUCGAUAGCUUGAUGCCUAAUCAUGAUGAUAAUAAUAUACAUGCUCAUCAUAAUCACGUUCUUUAUAAUAAUAAGUACAAUAAUGAGACUUCAUUAAAAUCACCGAAUGGGUUUCAAUCUAUGAAAAGUCAUAUGCCCAUGAACAAAAAUGAAUAUAACUCAUUACAAGAAAAAAGGGAACCCACACAUAAUAAUGAUAAUAAUAAUGAUAAUAAUAAUAAUGAUAAUAAUAAUGAUAAUAAUUAUAAUUAUAUUUAUGCUAUAGAAGAUAUACGUAUGGAUUCAAUGGAUAAUACCAAUGCCAAUGAUACAAUUAAUGAUGAAAAAGAUAACGAAAUAUAUGAAGAAAAACAAAACAAUGAUGUGCUUUAUAAUUUGAACGAAAAAGAACAACUUAUUGAUGAUAAUAAUAUGAACGAAAUAAAAAAAACUGUCUAUAAAGAACAUUUCGAAAAUUAUAAUACAAAUGAUGAACCUAAUACUGAAGAGAAAAUUAAUAUGGAUAAUUAUGAGGAGCUUAAUAAUGACCAUAAUAAUGACCAUAACAAUGACCAUAGUAAUGACCAUAAUAAUGACCAUAAUAAUGACCAUAAUAAUGACCAUAACAAUGACCUUAAUAAUGACCAUAAUAAUGACCAUAACAAUGACCAUAAUAAUGACCAUAAUAAUGACCAUAAUAAUGACCAUAAUAAUGACCAUAAUAAUGACCAUAAUAAUGACCAUAAUAAUAACAACAAUUAUAAUAACGAAUUUAAUUAUAACGAUAACCAUCACCUCCAAUAUGUAGGUAUUGAUGGAGUUCGUGAAGAUUCAUUUGUCAUGGAUCAAAGAAAUAUACAAAAUGAUUAUGAUGAAAAAAAUGGUGAUGAUAAUCAUACAUAUAAUACCUCAUUUGAUAUUAGCAAUGUUCAUAACAAUUACCAUAAUAAUAAUAAUAAUAAUAAUAAUCAUGUUGAUUAUGUGAAUUAUGAUUAUAAUAAUCAUGCAUAUGAAAAUAGAAAUACACAGAACAAAUAUUUUAAUGAAUCUAAUUCUUCCAUGAAUUCUAUAACAUCACUACUUUAUAAUAGUAAAUUAAUGUGGACUAAUAAAGUUACUCUUAAUAAUACACCAUCUAAUUAUCAUUUAUUAAUAUAUGCGUUAGCAGGUUGUUCUUGUGUUUAUUAUGAUAACAAUAAUAUUUAUGGGAAUGAAAUAGAUAAAAGGUUAUGUGAAGCCACAGAAAUGAAAAUUACAAACUAUAUAAAUGAUGACAAUGUGAAUAUUAAAAAAAUUUCUUUAAAAAUUAAUAAUAAUACAUAUAAAAGUUUUGAUGUAUUAAAAACAUACGAAUUUGAUUAUUAUACCAAAAUAUCGACAACCUUAACAUAUGGUAAUUUUGAUUUUAAAGAAAAAAAAUAUAUUGUCUUUUCUAAAGGUUCAUUUGAUAAAAUUUACAUGAAAUGUAUUAAAAAUGAAGAACUUUACUUUUUUAAAAAAAAAGAACAAGAAUAUAGUAAAAAUGGUUUUUAUGUUAUAGCUUUAGCAUUCAAAAUUAUUAGUAAUAUGAAACAUGAACAUAUAUUAGAUUUACCGAGACAACUGUUAGAAAAGGAUAUGAACUUCUUAUCUCUAAUCAUGUUUAAUAAUCAUAUAAAAAAAGAUGCAUCUAUGGUUAUACAAACACUAAAAGGAUCUUCCAUAAGACCGGUUAUAUUAACAGGAGAUAAUGCAUAUAAUUGUUUAUAUGUUGGUAAUAAAAUAGGACUAUUUAAUAACGUCAAUUUUUAUGAAUCUUUCUUUUCACUUAAUAUGAAUUCAAAUAUAAAUAAUAAAUAUAUAAAUAAUAAAUAUAUAAAUAAUAAUAAUAAGAAUAAUAUAUAUCUUAACGAAUUAAAUACAAACAAUCAUUUAUCAAAUACUAAAAAUAUAAAUAGUAGUAUACAUUCCAACAUGUCAAAUAUGGAACUUAACCAUGAUGAAAUGAAACAUUCACCCAAAUCUCCUGCAUCCAAAUUUUUGUCCUUUGAAAAUUUCUUUAAAUCCGGAAAAAAAAAAAAUAUUAAAAAUAAUAACAAAACAGACAAUGAAAAUAAUUAUGAGGAUGAUAAUGUGAUGCAUAACCAAUCGGAUUAUCAAUAUGAUCAUUUAUUAACACCAGGCACAGAACAUUUAGAUGGUUUUAAAAAUAACGAAACUCAGAAAAAAGAAAAACAUAUUUAUGAAAGUUUAGACAAAUCUCAAAAAUUAAAUGAAACAUCCAAAUAUAUUCCUGGAAAUGCUGCUAAUUAUACUACUUAUUCAGAAUUUAAUCAUAAAUAUGAUCAACAUAAGUAUGAUAUGAAUAAUGAAUUUAGUAAUGACGAAAAUUCAGCUUUAAUACCUCAUCACGUAAAGGAAAAAAAUAAAAGAAAUAAGAAAAAAAGAAGUCAUAUUAUUAACACAUUAAUAAAUGAUAAUAUUAGUGAUGAUGAAAAUAAUUCCGUAUAUUCUCAAAGUCAUAUUUUUUUCAAUGAACAAAAACUUUCCAUUUCUAUUAUAAACGAAGAAGAAGAACAAAAAUCGGAUGAAAAUAUUAUCGUCUAUGGAUAUCUAUUAAAUGAUGAACUUAUCUUUGUUAAUGUACAUAACGAAAAAAGAAUUAAUAAAAAUGUUGUAUUAUUUAAGGAUAUAUAUAAAGAAAUAAUAUUAACUGGGGAAGCUUAUACAUUUAUUAGAUAUCACGUUUUUCAAAUUAAAACACCAGAUGAAGAUUUUGAUAGUGAAGAACUUGAAGAAUAUAAAAAUUUCUUAUUAAGAAUUAGAAUAUUUUCAAGAUUAACACCAAAUAAUAAAAUAGAAGUUAUACGAGACUUUAUAAAAUUUGAUUAUAUAUCUGGUAUGUGUGGUGAUGGUAGUAAUGAUUGUGGUGCUUUAAAAAUUUCACAUGCGGGUUUAGCAUUAUCUAAUUUAGAUACAUCUGUAGUUUCUCCAUUUAGUAGUAAAAACGAAAAUUUAAAAAGUGUUAUAGAUAUAUUAAGAGAAGGAAGAGCUUGUUUAGUUACAUCGAUUAAUUGUUAUAAAUAUAUGCUUCUAUAUGGUUUUAUGAUUUCUUUUAUUAAAAUCCUUUUAUUUAUGAAUGCACAUGCAGUUAUGUCAGAAUAUGGAUACUUAUUCUUUGAUAAUGUUAUCUUAUUAUUAUUAGCCAAAUCAAUGACUUUAUCAAAACCUGCAUGUAAAUUAAAAACACAAACACCAACAUCAAGUAUUAUAGGUGCUCAAACCAUAUUAUCUUUAUUAUGUACACUGCUUGUUAAUUUCUUCUUUCUAUAUUCUAUCAUAUUUUAUUUCUUACCUAUUAAUAAUCUACCUUCAUCUUACCAAGCAAAUAGUUCAGCACCUAAAUCAUCAUGGUGGUUAAUGAGUGAUAAUUAUGAAAGCUUCCUUGCUUGUAUUUGGUUUUGUUUUCAAAUAGUAAACAGUGCAUUGAUAUUAACAUUUGGUGGAAAAUACAGGAAACCUAUCUUUACAAAUCAUACAUUUAUGGCGUAUUACGUUUUGAUAAAUAGCUUUUUAUUUUAUUUAACCGUUGGAGGGCCAAACAGGUUAACAUGCUUAUUUCGUAUGAAUUGUAAUGAUGAAAUUUCGAAAAUUACAAAAUUCAAAUUUCUAGAAUUAAUAUCUUAUUCAGCUAGCGGUUUAAGUUUUUAUGGACCUCAUGGACAUAACAUUCUAAGUACAGGUCUAAAAAUAAAAUUUUUACUUCUUAACUUUAUAAAUAUAGCAGUCAAUAUAUUUAUUUCCAAAUAUAUCUUAUGUGAAUCGCUAUAUAAUGUAGUGCGCAGAUUUUUUAAUUUUCAAAAUAGAAAGGUUCCCAUAUAA